UCCAUAAUUCAUCAUAAAUUGUGCAAGGGUGCUAUAGACGCACAAACGACCGCGAGCCACAAAUCAAGCACACAUAUCAAAAAACAAAUGAGCUCUUAUUUUGUAAACUCAUUUUGCGGUCGCUAUCCAAAUGGCCCGGACUACCAGUUGCAUAAUUAUGGAGAUCAUAGUUCCGUGAGCGAGCAAUUCAGGGACUCGGCGAGCAUGCACUCCGGCAGGUACGGCUACGGCUACAAUGGCAUGGAUCUCAGCGUCGGCCGCUCGGGCUCCGGCCACUUUGGCUCCGGGGAGCGCGCCCGCAGCUACGCGGCCGGCGCCAGCGCGGCGCCUGCCGAGCCCAGGUACAGCCAGCCGGCCACGUCCACGCACUCGCCUCCGCCCGACCCGCUGCCCUGCUCCGCCGUGGCCCCCUCGCCCGGCAGCGACAGCCACCACGGCGGGAAAAACUCCCUGGGCAACUCCAGCGGCGCCUCGGCCAACGCCGGCAGCACCCACAUCAGCAACAGAGAGGGGGUUGGCACGGCGUCCGGAGCCGAGGAGGACGCCCCCGCCAGCAGCGAGCAGGCGAGCGCGCAGAGCGAGCCGAGCCCGGCGCCGCCCGCCCAACCCCAGAUCUACCCUUGGAUGCGCAAGCUACACAUAAGUCAUGACAACAUAGGCGGCCCGGAAGGCAAAAGGGCCCGGACGGCCUACACGCGUUACCAGACCCUGGAGCUGGAGAAGGAGUUCCACUUCAACCGCUACCUGACCCGCCGAAGAAGGAUUGAAAUAGCACAUGCUCUUUGCCUCUCCGAGAGACAAAUUAAAAUCUGGUUCCAAAACCGGAGAAUGAAGUGGAAAAAAGAUAAUAAGCUGAAAAGCAUGAGCAUGGCGGCGGCGGGAGGGGCCUUCCGCCCCUGAGUAUUUGAGCGUUUAAAGUACUGAGCAGUAUUAGCGGAUCCUGCGUAGUGUCAGUACUAAGGCUACGUGUGCCGCUUGGUCAUUCAAAUUGUCAAUUUUAGGUCCAGAAGUGUCCAAACCACAAGUUCUCAAAACUCUCUGAAAAAUGGCUCCCUCCGCGUUAAGCAAUUCUGAAAGGCAUUCUCUGGGAAAAGUCUGUGGCGAAGCAAGGGAUCUUCUUGCAAAUAAUGUGGUCUCGGGCAAAGACGCAGCAUCUUGGCUGUCUGCUCAAAAAAUGCCUAGACUCUUGGUGGAAACUGAGUGUCGAGCUGCAAAACUUCACAUGGCAGACUGUCAUCAUUUAAGAGCGCCUGGACACCGGAAAAGGCGAUUCAUUGAGCGGCCGGAGUUGGAGACGAUUUGGGGUUCAGUCUUAAACAUCUUUCGAGAGACGAUGAAAGCAUUUCCCCUUACAUUUGUUAUCAUGAGAAGCCUGUGAUUUCACGUACCACUCCGCUGUGCACUGAGGGAAAGCAUAAACGCAGGUGUGGCCCAGGCACCGAGUCCUCCCAGCACAACUCUGACCCCCCACUUUAGAGCCAAGUACCCCUCUACUAGGGGCGCUUAUCAAACAAAACCAACCGGACCUGGAGGAGGUGUUUUAGCCUUUUGUCAGGUAAUUAUGGGCCUUUUGGAUUCCUACAGUGGCUGUGGUGUAUGGCGUGGGUGUUAGCAAACUCCAUACAAUGGCAGACCUGUGAGGGAGUCCACUGACUAGGCCAAUCAUUACUGGCUUUUCUUCCAGAAAAAAAAAGGGCCUGAGCCCUGCCUUGUGAUGUACUGGCCAGAGGAGGCUGCCGUGCUUGGGUAUGCUGGGUUCAGCAGGUCCCUGCGUGGAAGACUGUAAGAAAAGUUAUGUGGACUCUGAGAAUGGAGAGAGCAUUGCUGUUUCCUUGUGUGCGGAUCCAGUGCAAAGAAAUAGAAGCGGAGAUAACUGGCCUUGUGUGGCACAUGUUGGUGGGGGUGGGGGGAAGGGCACAUGCCCCCAGCAUCCUACCGCCUUAGACAAAACUCUUCCUUACUGCUGGUCAAGGCCUCCCACCUCCCCUCCCCCAAAGCUAAAUGUUCUGCUUGGAAACCUAGUUCCUUCAGUGAUUCCCUAUUUCAAAUAAAAGGAUUUAAGUUGACGUAUGACCACGUGAGCACAUAAUACAGCACAUUAUUGUGGCAUUUGGAGCGGAGACCCGGGCGGCUUCGCCUGUGAUUACGUUUUGUAGAUUCUCUACAGAGAGAGAGCUUUUUCCCCCACCCCCACGCACCCACCUCCUCCUUCUCCUUCCCCUUCUCCGGAGAGCGCGCUCCUGGCGGGUUGCAGUUUUCAGUGCUUAUGGAGCGGUACUGGGCCAGCUAGCCGAUGGGACUCGAGGCCACACCAGGAGGAUGGAAUUUAUUUUAAGGUAUUUCCGUUGAUUGUUCAUAUCGAGAGUGAGUUAUGGCCGUGAGAGACAAAGGUCAGGCGAGGAGACCCUGGUUCAGGGACAGGACCCUCAGCCCCUCUCUUCCUUUGUUUCUCCUUUAGAACCGAAACCAUCUGAAAGAUCCCCAGUAGCGCCUGAGACUGAGUUUAAUUCCCUGGAAAGUGGGGGUGGGGGUGCGGAGGAAAGGGCACUUGGGUGCUAAUCGAUGGGCCUGGUGGCCUCCAGCUCUCGGGUGGCUUUGUCCACUACGGCAGCGCUCCAGUCCCAGAGCUGAGCCCCAGGCAGAGGGAGGGUCUCCAAGCCCCCGAGCAGGCUGGGCGCAGGCUAAGGGAGCCGCUGCUGGGUUCCUAAGGCAACACUGGAUGGGGUGGACGGAAGCCGAGUAAAGGAGAACGGGAAUCGCUCCUCGGUUCCUCCUGUUUGCCGGCCAGGAUGGAGGGCUAGGGCUGACCGGAGCAGCCGGAGCCGCUGGGAGAAGGAAAUCAAUGAGUGUGCAGAUGCGCUGCCAUUUUAUUGAUGAUGCUUCAGGCCACUUUGUUCAGUGCUGGGUUGCAGGGCGCGCUUUCUCACACACGGGAUGGAAGGAGCUGGACCCCGAAGACUGGCCUUUGUUUCCCGCACACCCCCUGCCCCACAGGGGUGGAGAAGGACAGCUCCGAUUCAGGACAGGCUUGGGGUGGGGGCAAGCAUGCUGGAUGCCCCAAAGCUCCGCUAUUCUAAUGUUGGGGCGCAGAGAGGAAAGAGGUAGCCUGAGCUGGGUUUGGGCUUCAUAAUGAGCAUG